GUUUAGUCAGCUCAUCACCUGGCCCGAAAUACGGGUUGGAUCAAGAAAAAGCCUGGAAAUUUUCUAAGGUCGCUCGGCCGGCAAGGGAAGGGGGCGAGAGAAAACCUUGACACCCUUCCUGGAUACCCUUUGACGGGGGAUUAGCCGUGGCGAAAGAGGUGAGUGGAAGGGGAGAAGGACGGCAAGCGAAGAACAGAGGUGGCCAUGGGUGGAUUCAGAGCCCUGCCGUCCAUAUAAUAUAUGCGCUACCUGUACUUCCAAUCCAAAUCGAGUCUCCCGACCAACAAGAGAUGGGUCACACCACAUCAUCAGAACAUCAUCUCCCUUCUCCAGAGCUGCUCCAAGAGGGAGGAAUUGAUUCAAAUCCAUGCCCAGAUGAUCCGGAGCCGCCUCAUAGAAGACACCUUUUACGUAAGCCGGAUCAUCGCUUUCCUCGCCGCUCCUUCUCCCCGAUCCAGCAUGGCCUACGCCCGUCGUGUUUUCGAUCAAAUUCACCAGCCCAACCUGUUCUCGUGGAACUCCAUGAUCAGGGGCUACGCCAAUUGCGAUGCCCCUCGAGACGCGCUCUCUCUUUAUAAGCUCAUGCUUCGAAGAGGGUUCUCUCCGGACAGUUACACAUUUGCGGUUGUAACGAAAGCUUGCGCUCACCUUAAUGCCUUGGAAGCAGGCGAGACGGUUCGUGGCUCGGUUCUAAAAUGUGGGUUGGAGUCGGACAUGUUCGUCAUGACCGGGUUUAUCAAUCUGUACGCCGGCUGUGGGGAGGUCAAUAUUGCAAGAGAGGUUUUCGAUGAAAUGCGGCGAAGAGAUGUGGUCUCGUGGACGUCGAUGUUGUCUGGCUAUGCUAGAGUAAAUCGGUGGGAUGAAGCUUUUCUAUUGUUUGACGAAAUGAGAGUGACGGGCAUUGAGCCAAAUAAGGUCACGAUCAUGAGCCUCAUUUCAGCGUGCGGACAGCUGCGAGCUCUCGAUAAGGGUCGUCGGCUCCACCUGCGAAUCAUAGAAAAUGGGAUGGAACGUGAUGCUGAUGUUGCUAACUCUAUAAUGAACAUGUAUGCAAAGUGUGGAAGUAUGCGAAAUGCUGCUGAGGUCUUUGAGAGGAUGCCUGUGAAAAAUUCUAUAAGCUGGAACACCUUGGUUGGUGGCUUUGCUCGGAAUGGACUCUACAAAGAGGCCUUAACGAUGUUCCAAGAGAUGGCAUGCUCUGAAGUGAAGCCGGAUGAGAUAACAAUCAUCGGUGCUUUGUCAGCAUGCGCUCAGUUGGGUGAUCUCCAACAAGGGAAGCUUCUCCAUGCUUACAUUGAGGGUCGCAUGAUCGCUCGCAAUCUUUUUGUUACAAAUGCUCUGGUUAACAUGUAUGCCAAAUGCGGAGAUCUUGCUAAAGCUGAAGCCAUAUUCAGGGGAAUGCCUCAAAGGGAUGUUUUCUCGUGGACAGCUAUAAUAUCCGGUUUUGUUCAAGUGAGCGGUUGUAAGAAAGCCUUGAGCCUCUUCGAAGAGAUGCAGCUCACAGAUGUUGAACCGAAUGAAGUUACCUUGGUUAGUGCCUUAUCUGCUUGUUCCCAGCUUGGGGCUUUGGACCAAGGCAGACAGAUUCAUGCUUGUAUAGAAGAAAAUAAUGUGGGAAAAGAUGUGUGUCUGGGAAAUGCGCUGAUGGAUAUGUAUGCAAAGUGUGGUUGCAUUGAAAUUGCAUCACGGAUUUUUCAUGGAAUGCCUCUGAAAGAUACCCUUUCAUGGAAUACGAUGAUUGGUGGUCUUGCAACUCAUGGACAUGGAAGAGCAGCGAUAGAUCUCUUCAAUCAAAUGCAGAAAAUAGGGGAUGCAGAGCCCGACAGUGUGACUCUUUUGGCUGUUCUUUGUGCGUGUAGCCAUUCGGGCAUGGUUCAUGAAGGAAUAUUUUACUUCAGCUCCAUGUCUAGCUCAUAUGGUAUUGUUCCUGAAGUGGAACACUACGGGUGUAUGGUAGACCUCUUAAGCAGAGCUGGGUUAAUUGGCGAAGCAAGUGAUUUUAUCAAGAAUAUGCCAAUAGCACCUAACUCUGUGAUCUGGGGAUCGCUUCUUGCAUCCUGCCGGGUCCAUCAUAAGAUGGAACUUGGACAGAAAAUUGCGCAGCACAUUAUCGAGAUAGCACCGAAUGAUGAGGGAGCACAUGUCCUCAUUUCUAAUUUAUAUGCUGAAGCAGGUAGAUGGGAUGAUGUGAGACAAGUAAGAACCCUGAUGGGAAGUAGGGGAAUGGAGAAGUCCCCUGGAUGCAGUUCGAUUGAAGUGAACGGUGUUGUCCACGAGUUCUUUGUUGGAGAUAAGUUACUCCAUCAAUAUGGUAUGAUUUAUUUGGUGCUUGAUGGCCUUACACACCAGAUGAACCAGACUGUUUGUGAAUCGUGCUGUACUUUGUAAGGCGUCAGCCACUGGCUUUGCAAUCCCGAUCUAGAUUGAGGUAUGUUCAGCAUACGUUCACACAUAUGGUUCCUUUUUUAUUAUUAGACAUAGUUUACUGCAGACAAAAAUUCUUUGUUUGAUUAAGCAAAUAAGAAUCCGAACUAGUGUUACAAUUUUUCUUUUUAUAUGUUAGUAUGUAUGCACUUCUACGUCUGUUCAUCUUCAUGGGCAUCAAUUUUCAUGAGGGAUACAUUUAUUGCA